GUUGGACCUCCUUCCCUUCUACUCUCGCCUGGUGGCCACUCUCCAUCCCUGCAUGUCGGACGUGGGGGAGGAUCUGUGCUCCAUGCUGAAGGGAGACUUCAGGUUCCACAUGCGUAAGAAGGACCAGAUCAACAUCGAGACCAAAAAUAAAACGGUCAGAUUUAUCGGAGAACUGGCCAAGUUCAAGAUGUUCCCAAAGACUGACACGCUUCACUGUCUCAAGAUGCUGCUCUCAGAUUUCACCCAUCACCACAUAGAGAUGGCGUGCACGCUGCUGGAGACGAGCGGACGCUUCCUCUUCAGAUCCCCCGAGUCCCACCUGCGCACCAGCGUCUUACUGGAGCAAAUGAUGCGUAAGAAGCAGGCUCAGCACCUGGACGCCCGCUACGUGACGAUGGUGGAGAACGCCUACUACUACUGCAACCCUCCGCCCAUGGAGAAGACUGUGAAGAAGAAGCGGCCGCCGCUGCAGGAGUACAUCCGGAAGCUUCUCUACAAGGACCUGUCCAAGGUGACCACGGAGAAGGUGCUGCGGCAGAUGAGGAAGCUUCCCUGGCAGGACCCCGAGGUGAAGAGCUACCUGAUCUGCUGCAUGGUGAACAUCUGGAACGUGAAGUACAACAGCAUCCACUGCGUCGCCAACCUGCUGGCGGGCCUGGUGGCGUACCAGGAGGACGUCGGGAUCCACGUGGUGGACGGGGUGCUGGAGGACAUCCGGCUGGGCAUGGAGGUGAACCAGCCGAAGUUCAAUCAGCGGCGCAUCAGCAGCGCUAAGUUCCUCGGCGAACUUUACAACUACCGCAUGGUGGAGUCGGCGGUUAUUUUCCGGACCCUCUUCUCCUUCAUCUCUUUCGGGAUAAAUCAGGACGGCAGCCCCAGCGCUUUGGAUCCUCCGGAGCAUCUGUUCCGGAUCCGGCUGGUUUGCACUCUGCUCGAUACCUGCGGACAGUACUUUGAUCGAGGGUCAAGCAAGAGGAAACUCGACUGCUUCCUCAUCUACUUCCAGCGCUACAUCUGGUGGAAGAAGAGCACCGAGGUUUGGACCAACGAUCACCCGUUCCCCAUCGAUAUCGACUACAUGAUUAGUGACACCCUGGAGCUGCUGAGGCCCAAAAUGAGGCUCAGCAGCUCCUUGGAGGAGGCCACCAAACACGUGUCCGACCUGGAGAGGGAGGUACUCUUUAAACUGGGUCUGGCGAUGGAGAAGGACGGGCGCUUGAGUGCGAUGAGCGAAGGCGAAGUUCUGGACGAGGAAGACGAUGAAGGGGAUGAUGAUGAAGACGUGGAGACGGAGGAGCAGUCGGGCAACGAGAGCGAGAUGAACGAACAGGAGGAGGAUGACGGGUCUGAGAACGAGUUAGAAGAGAGGGAGGAGGAGGAAGAGGAGAACACCGACUACCUGACCGACUCCAACAAGGAGAACGAGACGGACGAGGAGAACAACGAGGUGACGAUUCGUGGCGGAGGAUUAAAACACGUCGCCUGCGCUGAAGACGAGGACUUCAUCCAGGCUCUGGAUAAGAUGAUGCUGGAGAACCUGCAGCAGCGCAGCGGGGAGACGGUGAAGGUUCACCAGCUGGACGUAGCGAUCCCUCUGCAGCUGAAGAGCCAGCUGAAGAAGAGCGGCUCCAGAGAACCCGUCAUCGGGGGGGAAGAGAACGAGAUCUCCGACACCAUGCAGUUCGUCAUGCUGACACGCAAAGGCAACAAGCAGCAGUAUAAGAUCCUGAACGUGCCGCUGUCCUCCCACCUGGCGGCGAAUCACUUCAACCAGCAGCAGGCGGAGCAGGAGGAGAGGAUGAGGAUGAAGAAGCUGACGCUGGAUAUCAACGAGAGGCAGGAGCAGGAGGACUACCAGGAGAUGAUGGCGUCCCUGGCUCAGCGCCCCGCUCCGGCGAACACCAACAGGGAGCGCCGGCCUCGAUACCAACACCCGAAAGGCGCUCCCAACGCCGACCUCAUCUUCAAGACCGGAGGAAGGAGACGCUGAUGGGAGUCUGGGUUCGGGCUGAACGAGCGAGAGCGACUGAGCGAACGAACAAUCGAGCGAACAGAAAGAAGAUCGGAGGAGGAAAACCGGUCGGAACAGGAAACGCCCCUUCCCCCUGAAGACGGGACUUCUUUACCCGAAGAGGAGACACUAAAAACCGCGGAGCAAGGGGGGGGGGGGUCAGAGGUCAGAAGGUCAGAAGGUCGGACACACGGCUCUCUUUUCUUAUUGUCUGUUGACUAAGAUUACAAAAAACAAGUUGGGCGAGUGGAAGAAGUGACGGAUCGUUUUCCCGCCCUCACACCUAGGGGAGGAAACAAGACUCAUGAUGAGGAGGUGAACAAACCUGCGAGUGGGUUUAAAAUAAUCUUUCUUUUGUCGUUGUUUUUGGACUUUUGAAAAGUCUCGAUGUCGAGAAGGCGGGGAAGAGUUGGCGAGACAGCAAAAUGGCCGGGUUUUAACACCAAGUUGGUAAACGGUCGUAAAGAGAGGUUGUUUUGUGCACAACAUGUGUGUUUGAAAAGCAGCUGAGGGUCUGAGGCUGUUGUUCUCACGUGUUGAUUCAGAGUGUUGGGAGGUCACUUUCUUUCUACUGAUUAACGUCACUCCACUUUAGGACUGUACCGAAGAGCUCUAAAGUGUUGAGCAGCGCUAGUUUUUCAUUAUGCCUCAACAAAGACCACAGGAAGAACGUCUGAUCUUGGCAUUACAGCGUCCCCAAUUUAGGCCCAAAAGUACUUUUCCGGUAGACUAACAAUGGGAAAUAGAAGGCUGUAAAUGAGCAGAUAUAUAUAUAAUUUAUCUAUAGUAAGACUACUUCAAUUCUCCUUGUUUAAAUCCUAGUCGUAGUAGCUGUGAAAUACACUUUUAGCCAAAUUGGUGAAAGGCAGCGCUAACGUGCUAACGCUAUGGGACCAUACAGGUGAAGGAUUCGGGUCAUUUUGUAUUCAUGAAUUCAACUUUUUGGCGCCAUUGAUCCUGUUUUAUAGAAAAGCACUUUGCCCUUCCUCCAACGCUGUUUAUCUGAAAAAAAAUUCAAGAAAAUCACAAAGUACAAAAGCAGUAAACCGAAUAAGUCUGGUUUCAUUUCAAAGACAAAAAAAAUCCAGUACCGAGACGUGGAUUUUUGUUUAAUUGGACAAAGCUAGGCGAGCAGUUUCCAUCUGUUUCCAGUCUUUGUGCUAAGCUAAGCUAAGCUAACGAGCGAGGCUUCAUAUUUAACAUACAGACUUUAAAGAGGGGUCAAUCUUCUCCUGGGAACAAAGAAAACCAGUCUGAAUUCAUCUCAUCUUUCCUCCAACUUCUCUCCUGAUAUACGUUGUAUUUCCCGCAGAAUGGAGAGCACCUCAGAGAUUUGAUUUGUGAAGUGUAUCGUGGUUAAAACCGUCUUGUUGUUGUUGUUGUUGUGGACAAACGGAUAACCAUGUGCCUGAGGGACUAUAUGAGUUCAGAUAUUUGUUGAGAUAGAUGUAUACAUAUACUCAUCAUGCAUGUAUCUUUUCUGCAGCAGCUUUACUUUGUGUCUGGAGGCAAAGCUACUUCCUGCAGAGAAACACCAGCACGUCUCUGUGUCUCGGCUUCACUGACAGAUCUUCACAAUAAAUGUUUGCAGAUGA